AUGAUCGGAUUUUGGCCGGAAUUUGAAGGCGCUGCGUGUUAUGCGGCGCACAAGUACUUCGGAGACAAUAACAGACGAUGGUCUCGAAAAAAAGAGUACGAAACUUAUCAGAUAAAUAAAAUUCAAGUCAACAUUUUUAAUGUCAAGUGCUUAGGAGAUAUCGCAACUGGAAGAAUCAAAAAGAAACUGGAUGCUAGAAAAUUCGAAGAAAGACAAGAAAGCAAAGCCUCUUCUCUCAUAUUCGUCACGAUUCACAGCGACAUCUUCAAAAUUUAA